AUGGCGACUGCCAACAUCAUUGCCGCAGUCCGGAUAUGUGUGUGCGGUGACGAUGGAGUCGGCAAGAGCUCCAUUAUCACGUCGCUCGUCAAGAAUGUCUUCGUCACGGCAAAGAUCCAGCCCGUGCUGCCCCAGGUAACGCUGCCGCCGUCGCUGGGCACGCCCGACAACGUCUCUACCACCAUCGUCGACACCUCGGCCCUGCCCCACGAGCGCGAUGUCCUCCGCAAAGAACUGCGCAAGUCCAACGUCAUCCUGCUGGUCUACUCGGACCACUACAGCUACGAGAGGGUUGCGCUGUUCUGGAUGCCCUACUUCCGUUCGCUGGGCGUGAAUGUUCCGGUAGUGCUGUGUGCAAACAAAUCAGAGCUGGCUUCGAAUGGCACAACGUCGCAAGUGGUGGCCGAGGAGAUGCUGCCGCUGAUGAACGAGUUCAAGGAGAUCGACUCGUGCAUACGGACGAGCGCAAAGGAACACCACAACAUCAACGAAGUCUUCUUCCUCUGCCAAAAGGCCGUCACCCACCCGAUUGCGCCACUCUACGACUCCAAGGAGAAUGCCCUCAAGCCCGCCGCAGUGUCUGCGCUGCAGCGCGUCUUCCACCUGUGUGACAAGGACAAGGACGGCUACUGGAGCGAUCGUGAGAUCCACGACUUUCAGCUCAAGUGCUUUGAGAAGCCGCUCGGCGACGACGACCUGGCCAACAUCAAGCGGUCGAUGGAGCGCUUCGCCCCAGGUGCGACCGACGAGUACGGCAUGGAUGAAAAGGGCUUCCUCCUGUUGAACAAGAUCUUCGCUGAAAAGGGGCGCCACGAGACCAUUUGGAUCAUACUGCGCAAGUUCCACUAUACCGACAGUCUCAGUCUGCAGGACACCUUUCUGCGUCCCAAGUUCGACGUCCCCCAGUUCUCGUCUGCUGAGCUCAGCCCCUCGGGAUAUCGCUUCUUUGUCGAUCUGUUCCUGAAGUUCGAUCACGACAACGAUGGUGGCCUGAACGACCAAGAGUUGGCCAAUUUGUUUGCGCCCACCCCAGGCAUCCCAGCAUCGUGGAUAGAGUCCUCAUUUCCAUCUUGCACAGUCCGAAACGAAGCUGGAUACAUAACGCUGCAAGGCUGGCUCGCGCAGUGGAGCAUGACAACCUUUGAGGAGCCGAAGACCACGUUGGAGUAUCUCGCAUACCUCGGGUUUGAGAGCAACGACCGAGGAGGAACUACGAGUGCACUCAAAGUGACCAAAGCCCGCAAGCGACGUAAUAAGCCCGGGCGGGUCGAGCGCAAUGUCAUUUUGUGCUACGUGUUGGGUUCAAGUGGCAGUGGGAAGAGCGCUCUGCUGUCUGCGUUCCUGCAGCGGCCGUUCAGUCACAUGUACCAUCCGACAAUCAAGCCCCGGUCGGCGGUGAACAGCGUGGAACUGAAGGGCGGCAAGCAAUGCUACCUAAUCUUGGAAGAGCUUGGCGAAUUGGAACCCGCCAUACUGGAGAACCAAGCGAAGCUUGAUGCGUGCGACCUGCUGUGCUACACUUACGACUCGAGCGAUCCCGACAGCUUCGCGCACAUUGUUGAAACGCGCAAGAAGUAUCCUCAUCUCGACCAGAUACCAGCCGUAUAUACGGCGAUGAAGGCGGAUCUAGAUAAAACGAUGCAGCGUUGUGAGCAGCAGCCGGAUGAGUACACCAGCGCGCUGAAGAUGUCACCGCCACUGCAUGUCAGUGCAACGUGGAACAGCAUCUCGGAGUUGUUUGUCCAUUUGGCUGAAAGCGCAACGCACCCAUCUACGGCCUUCCCAAAGCAGGAAGAAGACCCCUACGACAACCUCAACCUGUACCUGGCGUUGGGCGCCGUGACGUGCGCCGUCGCGUCGGCGAUUUUCAUAUGGAAGCGCAAUAGCAGCAGCUUGUGA